UCGAACAAAUCGACCCGAGAAUUUAUUCUUUAUGUGGGAUCCAAGUCAUCUUUUAAUAUUCCUGACGAUGCUAUGUUUGGUUUUCGUCCCUCAACAACAGUAUUCGGUUGAAGCAAUAAAACUCUGCAGCGAUAAGACACCGAUGUUCUCAGUUCGAAAUCCUAUACCCGAUAAAUUUUAUUAUAUUGGCUCUGUGUUUACGUUGCACGACGUCGGCGUAAAAUUAGACCAGUGCGGCAAAGUUUUGCAACGUGGUCUCCAACUCAGUGAAGCGUUCCUCUGGUACCUGGAUAAACACCCAGUGUUAGGUAGUGAAAUUAAGACAGGGGGUUUGGUAUUUGAUACCUGCUCUGAUAGCAGUUUGGUCACGCAGCAGGUAGUAUCUUUUGAGACAGAGCAGAUUAACUGUAUGUCGCAAUAUAAUGAACAAAUAUCUCCAGAUUCGCUGUUAGUCUACGUCGGUGCAGAUCGAUUGACAGACACCGUUGCACUCGCCAGCUCUUUAAAGCGAACCGAUAAGUCGAUAAUCUCUCCCAUAGGCAACACAAAGCUUCCAGCCAAAUACCCUUACUUCUUCCAGGGCGCUCCCAGAUAUAAAAAUUCCAGUGAAGUUCUAGUAGACUUACUGAAAGAUAACAAUAUACACUAUGUGAUUGUCCUUUACCAAAAUGAAGAAUUCUGGAUAAACAGAAGCAAAGAGUUCAUAAAACAAGCUAAUGCCAGUAAAAUAUGUAGCGUGUAUAACGCUUCUGUCUCAAUUAGUGCAAGCAAUUAUGAUACUGUGUUUCAACAACUUCAAGUAAGGAGAAAAACCUCGUAUGUCGUGAUUAUUGCAGACGAUAAUGUCAUAUCAUCCGUGUUAAUGGCAGCCAACCAGAAAAGUAUUCAACUCAAUUCUUUUGUAUUCUUUGCCAUCGGUCUCACUGUACACGACCAUAAUUUUGUAAAUAUAAAAUCAGUAAUCGUUAUUCCAACUGUUGCGGCAAGCGAAAUCAAUACCAGAGCGAACAACUUCCAUAACUAUUACAAACAGAUUGCUGCUAGCGGGCCGCCAGUUGAUAAAACAUGGAUCACAGAUUACUGCGUGGAGAAGAAUAAACCAAAUUGCUCUGAUGUUUUCACCGAAGAGAAACUGGAUCCUACAGUUCCGUUCUUAUUUCUCUCUCUUCACUCAAUAAUGACGGCCAUACACGAACUGACAAAGACCACCAAGUAUUUUUCGAAAGGCACUAAGGAAGCAAUACAGCAAGAAAUCGCCACUGUUAGUCUAAAUGUUGAUGGAGCAACGCAAAAUGUCUUCGACUCAGAAAAGUAUUUGCAUUCAAGCUUUGUGAAAUAUAAAUUAAAGAUCACGAAUGUUUCCAGUUUGGCUGAGUAUACCAACGGAAAGAAACUAGACAUUUUGAAUUCAGUUAGCGAGUGCCCAAGCAACCCGUGUGUUGAAUGUGGUCAGAAAGCUCCCGUCGUUCCGCCCGUGACAGUCACUUCUGCUACGGCGUCAACAACCAAACGGCCGGCCACGACACCAAUUGCCUUCAUGCUCGUCCCCAGAGUAGAUUUUCAAACAGGGUUUAUGGGUGCCAUAGCAACGAGGUCUUCGGAAGAAUACGGAGUGAGAGACCAAAAGUGGAUCAUUCCAUUGGGCGUGCUCGCCAGUCUCGGUGUCCUUGCGGUCAUCGUAUUCGAAAUCUACAUUCUUUACAAACUGUUGGGCACGAAACUGGGUCGACAAUGGAGAACCAUGUGGUUGGGACAGUUACUCCUCCUUGGGGUCCUACUUUGCUAUUUAACGCUCUUCGCCUUUCUGCCGACCCCCACCGACAUCACGUGCGGAAUCACACGGUUUGGCGUCGGUUUCAGCUACGCAGUCGUUUUCUCUGUGAUGCUUGUCAAACUUAUGGUUAUUCUAACUUCAAAAACGAGCGAAGAAGCUUACCAAACUGAAGGCAUGGCUUCUAACUAUCUAAGAGGUACCUACCAAAUACUCAUGUUCUUCUUUGCACUCGGAAUACAACUGGUUAUUGACAUACAGUGGCUGAUCACGAUACCUCCAAAAGCAGUACCCGUCACAGACGUCACGGAUGGCAAAGUUUGGAUAUGUAACCACUACACGUGGUCGACUGGUGCAGGGCCAGACAAGUCGAUGGAAUUUUCCCGAAACGAAUUUGAAAACCAUCUACUGACCCUUGUCUAUGUUAUGUUUCUGAUUCUCCUCACAACCGGGGUCUCAAUGAAGGCCCAUGGCAUCGUCACCAAUCACCGAGAGAGCAUCUUCAUCGGGCUGUCGGCCGGGCUGAGCAUACCGCUCUGGAUAGCUUGGGGACUCAUCGGGGGAUUGAACCGAACCUCGCCCUUUGCCUCCCAAUUCGGGGACGCCUGUAUCGCAUUCGGUCUGUUCUUGAACGCGACGCUAAUUCUCUUCGCCAUGUUCUUGCCGAAAGUACGACAGUUGGUCAACAUGGGACUGGAAGGUGUUUAUCUGGAAGACGACAGGGAUACCGCCUACGCUGAGUCGGUGAUCAGUUACAAAACCGCAAUUCGGAGCAAUAUUGGACCUUUCAUGAAUGGUGGGGGUUCGAUUUACAACGGAUCUGUAAGGGACCCAAGUAAGUAAUGAAAAUGCUUGAUCUUCGU